GUUGCUACUCAGACGGCCACGGCCUCGAAUUUGGUUGGGAGGAGGAGCACUGAUGAUAUUAUCGAGUCAUUAACUGGAAAUGCUGGUCAAGACAAAGAGGAUGUAACAGAAAAUGAUUUGAAACAUUUUCUGCUACUCUUAGAUGGAAAAGAAGAGGGGGUGGGAUGGCAAUGCAUGAUGGAGCGCUCUACUUCAAACAUGACAUACCAAGCUUGGCGCCAUGAGUCUGAGAUAGACCCACCUGGGUUGCUUCUCCAGAGCAGAACUGUUUUUGAGGAUGCUACUCCGGAGCUUGUCAGAGAUUUCUUCUGGGACGAUGAGUUUAGGCCUAAAUGGGAUCCUAUGCUUGCAUAUUUCAAGAUAUUGCACGAAUGUCCUGAAAAUGGGUUCAUGAUAGUUCACUGGAUUAAAAAGUUUCCUUUUUUCUGCAGUGAUCGUGAGUAUAUCAUUGGUAAGAGAAUAUGGGAAUCUGGAAGAGCGUAUUAUUGUGUGACAAAGAGUGUUCCAUAUCCAGAUGUGCCAAAGAGAGACAAACCCAGGCGUGUGGAGGUGUACUUUUCAAGUUGGGUUAUCAGGCCUGUGGAAUCUCAAAAGGGAGACGGACAAUUAUCUGCCUGUGAAGUCACACUCACUCAUUACGAAGACAUGGGUAUUCCAAAGGAUGUAGCGAGGCUCGGCGUCCGCCAUGGCAUGUGGGGAACCGUAAAGAAGCUUCAUGCUGGCUUCAGAGCGUAUCAAAACAUGAGGAAAUCCGAAGUGCCGAUAUCGAGGUGUGCCAUGUUGGCGCAAAUCAGUACGAAGAUGUCGAGUGAGGAGUACAGUCAGCGAGAGCAUCAAGUAGCGUCCAGUAGGGAGGAACAAAGAAGAGGUGGUGAGGUUUCAUUUGCAGGAGAGAGGAGAAAUGGCGGGAGCGUUGACUGGAAAUGGGUGGUCAUAGGGGGAACGGUUGCCCUGGUCAGCCUCCACAUGGGAUUAUUCGGUAAAGCGGUAUUACUUGGGGUGGGGCAGAGGGUUGGUCGUCAGAGACGGUGAUAUCCUCACUGAGGUGCUGUCUGUUUGCAGCUCGGCAUGCCUUUGAUUCUAGGGAUUUUGUUUUACCAAUUGUUGUGAUGAAUAUUAAAAACAUGUUUAUUAAUAUUAUGAAUAGAUUGACUAUAUUGAAGUGUAAAGACUUAUGUUCUUAAAACCGGACCGGAGGUCACCCGGAGAAGUGAACGCGUCAAGGGUCAAUCUGGACCUGGAGAGUCUAUGGGUCAACGGUCGGGUACCCAGUCAACAUUUA